AUUGGCAACGAUGGUCGCUGCAACUACCGAAUGACGGAGGUCUGGUGAUAAACCUUAAUCAAAACGGGGUUAUUUUCUUUUGCGGGCAGGGUGGGCGUGCGCGGGGCCGGACGAGGUGUGCGAUUGUGCAGCUAGGCAUUUCUACGAACAUGUGGCACAUAUAUCUGAGUUUGUGUUAAUACGAACUCAGAUAUGCACAGUCGCCAUGCGAGAGUCUUCAAACCUGAGUACCAUCUCUCAUGCUUACCCCGUGUAGAUACGGAUUCAGAUAUGUCGAUGAAGACCACGGUGCCGUUCCCUCCCCUUCUCCUCUCGAUCUGAUAGCAGUGAGGCAGACUUGAAGGAUUACAUGAUGGGAUUUUUGAAAGGGCAUUUUCCAACACAAAAAGAUAAUUUUGGAAUUUUUCAAAGUUAUUUUGAACGAUUUAUGACGGGACGUUAACGGCGAAGGAAGGUUUAGACAAUUGUCGUAAGGGUACUUAAUCGAUUACCCAAUAAAUAAAUGCCACACAAUUCAGACACAAUGUAAUUCCGGCUCCGUGCUCGGAUUGGAUUGGAUUGGAGGAGAGAUGCUGUGCGUGAGUGCACGUCCAUUCGUCUCAACUCCUGCAUCUCUCUCCCCACCUAACCUUGUUCGACACCCAAAACCCUCCUUCCCUUUCAAAUCCCCCUGUUUCUGUUGUUCGUCUCCUCCUCUUCCCGCCAAAAUGCAAACAGUAGAACAUGUAGUCCUCUUCAAGGUCAAAGACAACACAGAGCCUUCGAAGGUCAACGCCAUGAUCUCUCGGUUGAACGGCCUGACCUCUCUCGACCAGGUUCUUCAUCUCUCCGCCGGUCCUAUUUACAGAAACCGAUCUUCAGCUUUUAGCUUCACGCAUUUGUUGCACAGUAGGUAUAGAACCAAGGAGGAUCUGAGCGUCUAUUCUGCACAUCCAAACCAUUUGAGUGUCGUAGAAGACUCUGUUCUGCCGAUAUGUGAAGACAUCAUGGCCAUUGACUGGGUGGCCGAUGAUCUCCAUGGCCCCCUUGUUCCCCGCUCCGGCGCCGCAAUGCGAGUGACGUUUCUAAAGCUGAARGAGGGAUUGGGGAACGGAGUGAAAGGAGAGGUUUUAAGAGUACUCGGAGGUAUUAGGAAUUCUUUUGCUUCGAUUGAUCAAAUUAGUUUUGGGGAGAAUUUUUCCCUGGCCAGGGCCAAGGGUUUCUCCAUAGCUUCUCUUGCCAUCUUUCCUGGAUUGACCGAAUUGCACGCUUUGGAUUCCAAUGUGGAGGCUGUAAAAGCUCAGAAGGAGAAAGUCAAGGAUUCAUUGGAGAGUGUGAUCGUGGUUGAUUACGUUUUCCCGCCCCCAAAAGCUGCUAACCUUUGAUCAGAGCUCUCGACGAGGUUGAAAGUUGAAACUGUUUAUUCUACCUUUUCUGCCGAAUCUCAUUUUCCUACCCUUCCGUUCCGUUUCUUUGCUCUUCAGAUUUGUAGUUCAGUUUAUUUUAUUUUAUUUUUCUGUUUUGCUUUAUUUCGAUGUAAUCAAUAUGGAAGAAGGUAGAGGGACGAAUUGUGGCUUUGAAAGGAAAAAGUCAAAAAACACCAAGUGCAAAUUCAGGCACGUUGCUA